GGGUGUGUCGGCCGCCCGCGCCGUCCCUCCGCCCCUCGGUCCCGCGGCCACACGCAGCCAGCCGGAGCUCGGACCAGGUGCCCGUGCCUCCUCCCCGUCCCUCGCCGAGUCCGCGAAGACUGGAGCGGGCGGGAGCCCUGCGCUUGCCAUGUCGGUCGCGCUCAGCAACAGGUUCCAAGGAGGGAAGGCGUUCGGCUUGCUCAAAGCCCAGCAGGAGAGGAGGCUGGCGGAGAUCAACCGGGAGUUUCUCUGUGACCAGAAGUACAGUGAUGAAGAGAACCUUCCAGAAAAGCUCACAGCCUUCAAAGAGAAGUACAUGGAGUUUGACCUGAACAAUGAAGGCGAGAUUGACCUGAUGUCUUUAAAAAGGAUGAUGGAGAAGCUUGGUGUCCCCAAGACCCACCUGGAGAUGAAGAAGAUGAUCUCGGAGGUGACAGGGGGGGUCAGUGACACCAUCUCCUACCGAGACUUUGUGAACAUGAUGCUGGGGAAACGGUCCGCUGUCCUCAAGCUAGUCAUGAUGUUUGAAGGAAAAGCCAACGAGAGCAGCCCCAAGCCAGCUGGCCCUCCUCCAGAGAGAGACAUUGCUAGCCUGCCCUGAGGACCCCGCCUGGACCCCCUGGCCUUCCCGCCCUGCUCCUCCCUCCCGAUCUUGCUGCCCUUCUUGACACAUUGUGAUCUCUCUCUCAUUUGUUUGUUCAUUGAGGGUUGGUUUGUGUUUUCAUCCAUGUCUUUGUAAAGCACAAAUUAUCUGCCUUAAAGGGGCUCUGGGUCUGUGAAUCCUGAGCCUAGGGUCCCCUCCCUCUAUUCGUCCCUCCUUCCCCACUCCCUGUGCAGAAGGACUGAUAUCAAACCAAAAACAAGAGGGGGCAGGGCCAGGGCAGGGAGGCUUCCAGCCUGUGUUCCCCGUGCUUGGAACUGGCAUUCUCCAUCCUUCCAGAAAGUCUCCGAGCCAAAUUCAGGCUCACUGGCCUGGCUCUGGCGAGGACCCCAGGCCACUUUGGGAAGACCCUGGAGUAGGGACAAAGCUGCAGGGCCUCUUAAGCGUUUCCUUGGACAGUGCCAUGGUUCCAGUGCUCUGGGGUCAUCCAGGACACAGCCACUCAGUGCCCCGCUGCCCCAGCUGAUUCAUCCCUCAGUCCACACCUCUUCUCGUACUCAACGAUGUGACAGAAGGUGGGAAGGAAAGGAGCUUGGCAACGUGAGCCCUUCAAGAAGGUACCAGAAGGAAUCCUCAGGUCUUGCUCCCUGGCCACACUUUUGCAGGCAGCUGAGAGGCAGCGUGCAGCCCUACCAUCGCUUACUGGGGCAGCAAAGGGCUUUGGAGGUAGAAGUGAGGCCAGGGGUCUUGGGGAGACAGGUCAGCUCAGUGCAGUUCCACCUUUCAGGGAGGAUACUGAGGGGACCAGGAUGAGAGAAUGAGGAGUAAAAUGCUUACGGCAAAGUCAGCAGCACUGGUAAGCCAAGACUAAGAAAUACAAGGUUGCUUUUCCGAUCCCAACGUGCUUGAAACCUGACUCUACUUCCUUCAUUUGCCUUCCCGCCCUACUCACAUCAUUCAUUCAUUGACUCACUCAUUGAGCAGAUAUUUAUUGACCUCAUAUUAUAAGCUUUACGCCCUCCCAUGUUGUCCUGACACGUGCAGUAUCCACUGUCUAACUCACCUCUCCCCAAAUCUCGGAAAACCUUGAGCUUGGGAAUGGCACUGGGGUCACCUGUGUUCUUUCUUAUGGAUUCACAGGAUUUCAGAGCCCUGAUGCACCCUGGAGGGUAGCUGGGCCAGUCCUCUCACUUCCCAGGUGAGGAGACUCGUGGCCCACAGGGAUUAAGUGCCUUAGCCAAGGUCAGGCUUAUCUCCAGAGGGAUGUGCCUGGACUGGGGCCAGAUGUUCAGGGACCCUGCCUACACCUCAUCUCCAGUCUGGGCUGCCUUAGUUUGUGAUGAGAACAGGGAAGGGCUGGAAAGGGGUAACCUCCUAGGUCAGCACUGGGAGAGGGUUUCACUUGCUCUGAAGCUCCUGGGCCAGGAUCCGCCCUCCCCAGUGCCUCCAAGUCAGCAUCAAGGCUUCAGGGAAAGACCAGGCCUCUGAAGCUGCCUCUUGUAAUUCAUGCAGGAAGAUGUCAAAGUCAGCCCCAUCUUGGCUUAACCCCACCUGUGUUCUGAAGUCUCUUACCCUACCUGCUCAGGACUUACACACACUUAUUCACUGAACAUAUUUAUUAAGCACUUGCUGUUGGCCAGCAGAUAAGAAUCCAAUCAUGAAAUGGACUGAUUCGUGGAGUCCAAUAGGAAAGUGAGACCCAGACAGUGACAAUGAGAUAAAUAUUAGAAAGGGGAAGUCUGGGGUGACUUCCCUACAAUCCUGGGGUCCUAGCUGGGCCCAAGACUGAGUGAGAGCCUUGGCAGAGCCUUUGCAACACCUUCAGUGGACAGGACUGGGAGAUCUUGGCGGUCAGAGCCAAUGUGGGUUCCCUGCGGCUACUGAGUCAUCUCUGAUAGCAGACUGAGGGAGGGAAGCAGGUAAGGCAUGGGGAAAUGGCCAGGUUGGGUUAACCCACUGGUUUCAACCAGUUCAGGAAUGAAGUUAUUUGGCCAUGACUGGCUGGUUUUGAGCUCAAGGAUCUGCUUCAGAUGCACACAGGCCUAGUUGAAGUUUAAACCCCAGUAAAACAUUCCUCCCUGUAAAUGGAAAAUCCUGCUCCUACCCCCUCCCUUGCCCUGUUUUUUUGUUUUUGUAUUUUUUCUCCUGAGAUCAUUAGAUUAGCAACUGGCUGUCCUCACCCCUCCUCACUGCCUCUCCUCUCUGGGACAGGCAGGGACCUUUGAGGAAGAUAAAGCCUUCCUUGACUACCCAUCAUAUUCAGUGUCCCUGUUCUUCACUUGGAGAGGAAGGCAGAACCAAUCAGGCUUAUUUCAGUAAGUUCUGCAGUUCUACAAGACUGCAGGAAGCCUCCUUAGGGAGGAGAGCAAGCGGGUGUGGCCCAGCUUCCGGAAAUGGCAGAAAAGCGGGUUUUCUCAUUGAAUGGUGUGUUCUGGGAAACCCCAUGAGUCACUUCAUUUCUUGGAACUCAACUCCUAGGAGGAGAGGGUCUCAAGAGUCGUCCCUGGAAGGAGGGUAGGGGCAGUCUGCAUUAUUUCAGGUUGUGGCUGUUGGCUCUGGGACUCCUCUGGCCAAGGGCUCAGCUUCUUUCGACUUCAGCUGUCUUCUUUCUGAAAGACCAAAUUUAAUGUAACCAGUAACGUGAGGACUGCCAGGUAUGGCUUUGUCCCUAUGACUCAGAGGAGAGUUUGUCGGGCAAAUUCAGGUGGUUGAAAUAUGUGUGUGUGUGUGCAUGGGAGUGUGUGUGAAUUGGGAUAUCAUCUCUACAGACUGGAAAUAAACCGGACAAACUUA